ACUCUUUACUAAAGUUAAAGCGGUCAAGUCCCAAAAACUGCUAUCACAUCACCACCACCUUCACGCAUUAUUCACAUGAAAUAGCAAUCAUUCAAAUCUACCGCCACAUCUCUCACUCUCCAGAGCCAUAAUGGCGUCGUCACAUUUCGGUGCUUGCACACGCGCCACCUCCGGAGCCGCCGUCCCCCACUGCCGUAAGACCAAGCACCAACUUCUAUUCUCCAUAGAACACGCGAAGUUUACCGGUGGUAGCAGGGGCAGAAUUGUGCGGAGCUCGAGAAUUAGGGUUUCCGAUGGCGGGGAUUCGUAUCUCAGCAUGUGGAACAAGGCAGUGGAUCGCGAGAGGAAGGAGGUGGAGUUUCGGAAAAUCGUGGAGAAUUCCGUUGGAGCUGACGCCGGUGGUGGCGGAGAUGAGGUGGAAACGAGUCCGGAGGUGUUGGAGAAGAAGAGCAGUGAGUUUCAGAAGAUUCUGGAAGUCUCUCAGGAGGAGAGAGACAGAAUUCAGCGAAUGCAGGUGAUUGAUCGGGCUGCGGCGGCGAUUGCGGCUGCCCGUGCAAUUCUUAAGGACACUUCAUUGCCAAAGCCGAAGCCAAAGCCAAAGCCAAAGCCAAAGCCAAUUUCUGGCGGCUCUGCCCCUUUGGGGACUGUCAUUUCAGACGCUGAGGCUGGUGGAGACUUGGGGGCUAAGCCAGAAGGAAAGCAGAGUGGGAGCUCGUUAUUGUCUGAGUUUGAAACUGUAAAAAAUGAAGCGCCGGGUCCAAAUUUUUGGUCCUGGACACCUCCUCUGGAUAGUGGUACAAGUUCUGAUGAUGAAAGUAACCUGAAGUCAGCUAAAAAAACUUCUUCGUUUCCCUCUGAAACCAACCCAGUGAUGGAGAAAGAACGACCUGAUGAUUCUCUCUCAAUCCCAUUUGAGAGUAAACUUUUUGAAAGCUACCGCAACCCUUCCCUUCCACCUCUUCAGUCCCUGACAGAGGUUGAAAAAGUGGAAGUUUCUACUUCUAGUCUAGAGACACCAUUUUUGGAAGAGAAACAUGAACUGGGUGUUCUAUUUUCAGCACAUGCAGCAGAUGCAGUUCAUGCUCUUGAGAAAGUGGAUGAACCAUCAUCCAAAGGAGUUUUUCCAGAUGGAUCAAGGUGGUGGAAGGAGACAGGAAUUGAGCAAAGACCUGAUGGUGUCGUUUGCCAUUGGACACUGACCAGGGGUGUCAGUGCUGACAAAACAGUUGAGUGGGAAGAGAAGUAUUGGGAGGCUGCUGACCAAUUUGAUCAUAAGGAACUUGGUUCAGAGAAAUCAGGACGUGAUGCUGCAGGAAAUGUUUGGCGCGAAUUUUGGAAAGAAUCAAUGUGGCAGGAACACGGGCUUGCUCAUAUGGAGAAGACUGCAGACAAGUGGGGUAAGAAUGAAAUAGGUAAUGAGUGGCAGGAGAAAUGGUGGGAACAUUAUGAUGCCUCUGGCCAAGCAGAGAAAUGGGCUCACAAGUGGUGCAGCAUUGACCCAGAGACACACCUCGAGGCUGGUCACGCUCAUGUUUGGCAUGAAAGGUGGGGGGAGAAGUAUGAUGGGCUUGGUGGUAGCACGAAAUACACCGACAAGUGGGCCGAGCGCUGUGAAGGUGAUGGUUGGACGAAAUGGGGUGACAAAUGGGACGAAAACUUUGAUCUGAACGGCCAAGGCGUCAAGCAAGGCGAGACGUGGUGGCAAGGUAAGUACGGACAACGCUGGAACCGGACAUGGGGUGAGGGCCACAAUGGCUCGGGAUGGGUGCACAAGUAUGGAAAGAGCAGCUGCGGAGAGCACUGGGACACCCACAUGCCGGAAGAGACAUGGUACGAGAGAUUCCCUCACUUUGGUUUUCAGCAUUGCUUUGACAACUCGGUGCAGCUCCGAGAGGUUCAGAAACCAUCUGAAACAUCACCAGACAUAGAGAACUCGGUGCAGCUCUCGGUGCAGCUCCCAGAGGUUCAGAAACGAUCUGAAACAUCAAGAGACAUUGAGAACUCGGUGCAGCUCCCAGAGGUUCAGAAACCAUCCGAAACAUCACGAGACAUUGAGGAUGCUUUUUAGUUUUAUAUUCGCUUGCUGUUGCAUGGGAAGUCCUUACGUAGCUAGUAAAAAACAUGCAAAAUAACCGGCAUUUUAGACAUAAAUUUCCUUUUUCUCAUAUAUAAUUAUUUCACCAUGUGUAACAUUAUUCAUGUGAAUUCUAAGAAUAUAUGAGUAAAUGAUUCUCCUUUAAGGUGUUUUUCAAAUUAAAUAA